AUGCCGAUUUAUACCUACAAUGGGAAGGGAGAGCUGGUUGCAGAAUAUCCAUAUAUCCAGGACAAUUGCUAUUACAGUGGCCAUGUGGAGGGAGUCCCAGGUUCUCAAGUCAUCCUGUCUACCUGCAGCGGACUUUGGGGACAUAUACAAUUUGGCACCUUAACUUACGAAAUUCAGCCAGUAGAAAAUUCCUCCACAUUUCAACACUUGAUUUACCGACGGGAUCCACAGGCGCAAGAACCCUGUAUAGAAACCUCCCAAGAUGGCGCCCAUGGACCAGGUAGGGAAACGAGAAUGGUGAGGACUGAGGAAGAUCCAGAUCUUUCCACCAGACAGCAAGGUGACCUGAACCGGAAGGGCAACCGAUACCUAGAAUAUUACGCCGUUGUUGACAAAAGCAUGUUUCUCCUCUAUCGUGGCAACGAAACCACUCUGGUGUCGGUCGUUUUUCACAUGAUGCUCCACGUUUACACAAUCUUCCUCCCGCUGGGCCUCCAUGUUUAUCUGGUCGGUAUGGAGAUCUGGAUGGACAAAAAUUACAUCACCAUCCAUCCUUACGACCUGUCUGUGAACUUGAACGUGUUUUAUAAGUACGUCCGGUACAGUCUUCGGCACCGCGAGCAUUUUGACCACGCGGGUUUAAUGACGGCGACUGGGAAUCUUCCUGGACUUUCGUGGGGAGAACGAUUUUGUCACCCCUCUCACGUCUCCGUGAGCGUCAUCCAGGUACGUAAAAACCCUCGACUCGAUGCCGAAACCCUCGCCCACCAGCUGGGUCAUUCCCUGGGCUUCACGCACGACGACGCAGCCGCGAACUUAGCCAGAAAAUGCGACUGCAACUGCACCGUGUUUGGCAGCUGUUUGAUGCUGACUUCGGGCCCGGCGAACUGUUCCAGACUGAGUAACUGCAGCACCCUGGAAUAUUUGAAGCUGAUCCAAAAACCUGGGAAAACCUGUUUGCUUGACAAACCUGCCCAGAUCUUUAGCAUGAAGGAGUGUGGGAACGGCGUCAUUGAUGACGAGGAUGAAGAGUGCGACUGUGGAGUGGAAGAGGACAUCGAAGGAACCUGGAUCCAAGCCAUCUUCCUGAAACAAGGAGGAAAACAGCGGCAACUUCACCGGAUGCCUAAAUUUCGUGAUCGUUUUUCAUUUCCUAACCACCUGCAGCCUAAAACCAUCACUGAGUGCAGGAAGAACGAGUGUUGCCAGGAGUGCAAAUUCAAAGAAGGCAUCGACUGCCUCUACGGGCUCUGCUGUGAGAAGUGUCAGUUUUCCGAAACCGGAACCCAGUGCCGGGAAGCCAUUUCGGAGUGCGACCUCCCCGAGUUCUGCAACGGCACUUCCUACGACUGUCCGACGGACGUCUACAAGCAAGACGGGACGCCCUGCGGCCACCACAACCACUGCUUCCGGGGGCUUUGCCUGGAUCUCCAGGCCCACUGCAAAGCUCUCUUUGGGCCAGACGCCCAAGAAGCCCCUCUGAGCUGCUUCAAGGAGUUGAACAUGCGCGGCGACCGCUUUGGCAACUGUGGCAAGGACGGCUCGGGUUUUCAGAAGUGCCUGGAGAAGGAUGUCCUCUGUGGGCGAGUGCAGUGCAUUAACGUGGGGAAAAUCUCGAGCAUCACGACGGGGCAAGAGGUACUCCAGACUCCGGUGGAGGACAUCGUGUGUUGGGGGACCGAAUUUGACCUGGGGGAGGAUGUCUAUGACCUGGGAGACGCGCGAGAUGGAACCACCUGCGGACCCGACAAGAUGUGCUUAAACAGAUCGUGCGUGGAUGUGGCGGUGCUGGAUUUCGACUGCGAUCCGUCCAUGUGUAGACACCGAGGAGUCUGCAACAGCAACCGGAAUUGCCAUUGCUCUUAUGGAUGGGCCCCUCCCUUGUGCACCGAACCAGGGUUUGGAGGGAGCAUCGACAGUGGGCCCCCACCACCCUAUCAGUUGCCCACCAUCGUCAUUGUAGGUCUCUUCACCCUGACCGGUCUGGUCGUCUUGGCAGGGGGAGUUUUCAUCGCACGUCACGUGGACGCCUUCUUUAAGUGGAUUGCGGCAAUUCCCAAACGACGCCCCCAAAAAUCGGCCAGUAAAGGAGGCCUCAGGGGCAAAUCCUCCAAGACCGGUGUCAGGCGGUCGCGUAGCGGCUUGAGGAGCACUUCUUCCGGGAGGCUCAAAAAGUCCAGAACUGCCGUUGCGGCGGGAAAUCAGAGAAGCACCCCGUACGUGAAAAGCACGGAAUUGAAAAGUGCCCUGUCCACCUCCAGAGCCGGGAAAUCCAGAUUAGACGUCACUUUUGCCACCUAG